CGGCCGAAACACAAGCGGCUGCAGCCUCCCAUUCACGGUUAUCUCUCGAACGUGUCCUCGCUUAGACCUUGGAGUUAAUAGAUAGGCUGACCAUUACGAAACACUUGCUGUAGGAGAGGCCCGGCUGGUCUGGGCUCACAUAACACCUCUCUACCCCCUUUAGAUCCGUAGCCUCCAACACAAACCAGGUUUAUAAUGUUCGGAGGGAAGGAAUUAAGGCACGUCCUGACCCUGGCCUCACAAUGGACCAGAGUGGCGUCAGGCUCGGCACCUAACACCCUCCGGUGGAACAGUCCCUUCAUACACACAUCCUCAUGCCAGAGGAAGUGUGAGCUCACGUCUAAAAGGUAUCAGGUGGAGAGAGGAAAGUAUGGCCAAGUUAGCGAGGAGAACAUUAAAUUUUUCACUGACCUCCUGGGGCCACAUCGUAUCAUCCUGGGGGAGGCCGAGCUGGAGGGCCACAACACUGACUGGCUCGAGACUGUUCGGGGGGCGUCCUCUGUCCUCCUCAAGCCCAAGACCACCGAGGAGGUGUCCAGCAUCUUGUCUCACUGCAACCAGCAUAGACUAGCCGUGUGUCCCCAAGGCGGCAACACUGGACUGGUGGGAGGGAGCGUUCCAGUAUUCGAUGAGGUUAUAAUCUCCAUGAAUCUCAUGAAUAAGGUUGAGAAUGUAGACACGUGGGCGGGAGUCGUCACCUGCCAGUCUGGGUGUGUCCUGGAGGCCCUGGAUCAGCAUGUGGCCGAGUAUGGGCUGAUGGUGCCCUUGGACCUCGGAGCAAAGGGCAGCUGUCAUAUUGGUGGCAAUGCGUCGACAAAUGCGGGUGGGUUACGUCUGCUGCGGUACGGCAGUCUGCACGGGUCUAUACUUGGGGUGGAAGCCGUGCUGGCCUCGGGGGAAGUGGUCGACUGCAUGACGGCAAUGAAGAAAGACAACACUGGCUAUGACCUAAAGCACCUCUUCAUCGGGUCGGAGGGAACGCUCGGAGUAAUCACUAAGCUUGCAAUCAACUGUCCGUCUAGACCACAGGCUGUAAAUCUUGCCUUCCUGGGCCUAAACACGUAUGACGAUGUGCUAAAGACCUUCGUGGCAGCCAAGAAGCAGCUGGGAGAGAUCCUCAGCUCCUGUGAAUUCAUCGACAGAUCGUCUCUUGAGUGUGUGGAGAAAAACUUGAAUCUAAAGGCCCCGAUUUCGUCGCAUGAGUAUUAUAUGCUGAUUGAGACUUCAGGUUCAAAUGGGACCCACGAUGAGGAGAAGCUGAACAACUUCCUGGAAAAUGUACUUGGGUCAGGAACAGUAUCUGACGGCACAGUGGCCUCCGAGCCCUCCAGGAUGCUGCAUAUCUGGGCGCUGAGGGAGAGGAUCGCCGAGGCCCUCACACGCGAAGGCUACACCUACAAGUACGACAUCUCCCUCCCCCUGACCCACUUCUACAAGAUGGUGGAGGACAUGAGGGAGCACCUGGGCCCUACCGUCAUGCGCUGCUGUGGUUACGGACACAUCGGAGAUGGAAACCUUCACCUCAAUAUUACUACUCAUGAGUUUGAAAAGGAUGUCUUAAACAAAAUCGAGCCAGCCUUGUAUGAGUGGACGUCGAAGGUGAAUGGCAGCAUAAGCGCCGAGCACGGCUUGGGGUUCAAAAAGCGAAACUACAUCCACUACUCCAAGUCAGCAGGCGCCGUGACGCUUAUGAAACAGAUGAAGAAGUUGCUUGACCCCAAUGGGAUUCUGAACCCCUAUAAGGUACUUCCUGAUGACUGAGCAGUUAAUCAAAUCCUACUGUGAACCCAAGUGCCUAUAGAUACCGGUAAUUGAGUAUAUGUUAAUUAGUGUAUAUAUAGGGUAUGUUUGCCAGUUGGCCUGUUCGCAGUGGGGUGUAGCUACCAGAGAGCGCCAUAAUAUUCUGUGACACUUCAGUUGCAAUCGCUGUAAAAUUCCCUUUGUCAAUAGGCACUGAAAAUAGUUAAGUCAACCCCCCGCCCAAGGAAAUCAAGAGAAAAUUCAAAUUCUUGUGUUAAUUGCCAUCUAUCAUGCCCCACCUAGAAUAGGCUGGUUAAUUUGCACCUCAGUUUCUGCUCAAAUAGGGUAGAAAAUUACUCUUAAUAAAUAAACUUAAUGAAUAAAUAAACUCGGGUAAUAAAUAAACUUAAUAAAUAAAUGAACUUGGGUAAUAUUAAACUUAAUAAAUAAAUGAACUCAGGUAAUAAAUAAACUUAAUAAAUAAAUAUACUUGGAUAAUAAAUAAACUUGGGUAAUAAAUAAACUUAAUAAACAAAUAAACUCGGGUAAUAAACAAACU